GAGAAACAAAAAAUAAUAAUUUCCUUAACCAACAUUUCUGUAUAAAAUCAUUUCAACUUAUAUAUAUACAAAAGGAAUAUAUAUUUCUUUAACAAAAUUUAAUGCAAAAUCCUCCACAUGCAAGUUUGUACUAUUUUAAAGCAUCUCAUAUCAAUUAGAAGCAUCCAUUUUUCUCACAAAAAGAUUGCUUUUGUUUUAAUGUUGAGUGGGAUUCUCACUCUCACACACUUUCUUCAACAUUCAACUUGCCUUAUCAAAUCACAUUUCGGAAAUGGAAUUAGAAUUAGAAUUAGAAUUAGAAUUGGCAUUUCUUCCCUAAUUUUAGUUCCUAUUCCAUUCCAAUUCCAAUUAUUUGCACCUAAUGCUCUGUGGGUCCUCAACACUUACACAAACAUCAUCAAUCACAAACAUCAAUAAACUCUCAAAUCAUGAUUCGUGUGAUUAUUAUUAAUAAUUUCAUCUGUUUCUUGAUUCUCCCUCUUCUCCAACAUCCAUGGCUACACCAAAGUAAGCUUUUAUUUGCUUUAAAACAUUUCACACACAACACCCUUUUUGUCUGUGUUUGUGUUUCCUAUGUUCUUUUUGUUAACAAAUUGUUUUAAUUGUGUUUAUUUGCUCUUAUUAUUUUGUGGGGUUUUCAUGUUUGGUCUUAUUGCGGUAGUUGGAACUCAAUACCUGAGAGUUCCAUUAAAUAAUAUAUCCUUAAUUCUUAACAAUUCUUGAGUUCCAUUUAAUAAUCUGUACUUAAUUCUUAACAAUUCCAGAUGUUUUUUUUUUAAAGAAAAGGUGUACUUCCAAUGUUGUUUUGUCCUAGGAAAAAGAAAAUUCUUGUCAGCCCAACAUAGGCAAAAUUUGGUGCACCAAGGCUUCUUUUAUGAUUUAAUAUUUAAAUUUUUAAUCAACUACAAAAAUUGGUGAGAAAAUCAAGAUUUUGCAGAGAUGUCAAAGAGGGUUCUUGAUUUUAUGGAGAAGAUUCAUCGAGGAAAUGCAAAGGGUUCUUAGAAGACCAUCAUUUGGACAUUAAAUCAAUUCACUUAUAUGGACCAUGUUACAAUUGGCAUCUCCAUAUGAAGUUGUUGGUUCAAUGCAUUAUUCUGCUUUUGUUGUUGAGCCAUUGUUCUUCUGACUACAAGCCCAAUGUUGAAGUGGAAAUUUUAAUGGAGCUUCUAGAGGAUCUAAAGGAUACCAAUGGGAACAUUCAAGAUUGGAGUUACUCUGUAGUUAGCCCGUGCUAUAGUUGGUCACAUGUCAUAUGUGAUCAGAAAGAUGGAAAUGUCAUAUCCUUGAGCUUGGGUUCAAUUGGAUUUUCUGGGAAACUUUCAAGUUCGAUAACCAAACUGAAGUUUUUGACUUACUUGGAUUUACAUGAUAAUAAGUUAUCAGGAGAGUUGCCCGAUCUGAGUAGCUUGGUGAACUUACAAAAUCUUAAUCUUACACGAAAUAAGUUUAGUGGAUCUAUUCCAGCCUCUUGGAGUCAACUCUCUAACCUAAAAUAUUUGGAUCUUUCAGCCAACAAUCUAAGUGGAAAAAUCCCUGAAAAGUUAUUCUCCACUCGUGUAUUCAACUUUACAGGAACAUCUCUCGAUUGUGGUACCACGUUUCCCCAACCUUGCAUUUCAGGUUCCUCUGUUUCAGGUUCUACUAAAAAUUCAAAACUAAAGUUGGUUACUUUUGGCGUUGGUUGUGCUGCCCUCGUGCUUUUAUUGUUCGGAGCCAUCUUUUUAUACCGAUUCAAGCUUAUGUCCAAACUUGAACGUGACUUAUUCAUUGAUGUAGAAGGUGAAGAUGACAGUUUAGUUUCAUAUGGGCAACUUAAAAGAUUUUCAUGGCGGGAAGUACAGCUGGCAACCAACAACUUCAAUGAAAGUAAUAUCAUAGAUUAUCAGAGUCCAGGUGGCGAGGCGGCAUUCUUGAGGGAAAUUCAGUUGAUAAGUGUUGCGGUUCAUCGCAAUCUUCUUAAGUUGAUAGGGUUUUCUACAACAUCGUAUGAAAGAGUACUUAUUUAUCCGUUUAUGCAAAAUCUAAGCGUUGCAUAUCACUUACGAGAUUUGAAACCGGGAGAGAAACCCUUGGAUUGGGCAACACGAAAACGUAUAGCAUUCGUGGAUCUUUCUCGCCUUGAAGAUGAGGAAGAUGUUCUCCUUCUUGAUCAUAUCAAGAAACUGCUCAGGGAAACGAGGAUCACUGACAUUGUGGACCCGAGCCUCACGAUUUAUGAUGCAAAAGAAGUUGAAACAAUGCUUCAAGUUGCCUUGUUAUGCACCCAAGGUUCACCAGAGAACCGUCCAAAAAUGGGAGAUGUCAUUCAUAUGCUUCGAGGACAAGAUUUGGUGGAGCGAUGGGCAGAAUGGGAACAAAUAGAAGAAGUUAGGGUUCAAGAAUUCUCUCGUAUGUCCCACCAGUUUGCAUGGGGUGACGACUCGACCCUCGAUCAAGAAGCUAUACAGUUGUCACGAGCCAGAUGAAAGUGACCCAACUCGAAACUCAGAAAGUAAAAUCGUAUACUUAAAGAAAAUAUUACGUGAAAUGUAAUAAAGUUUAAUUAGUGUAUUUGGCUUUGGGCUUGCUCGUUGUAAACUUACGUGAGAUACAGAUGUUAAUGCUACUUCUGUGAUUAUUGGGUAUCAUUUACGUUUUCUUGAUAAUACCUUUUUGUAAUGUAAUGUGAUUUCUAUAGAACACAC